UUCCAAAUCAGUUGACGUUUGAACGUCGCGAAAGCCGGUUCUAAUUGCUCUGCAGCAAGCGGAUGUUAUAAAACAAGUCUGAUUUGUUACUUUUGCGAUAAGCGUGCGCUGGCGGCAAACAGGUGUGUUUCGACUAACGGGCCGUUAAAGUGACAGUCGCAAGUGUCAAAGUGACAGCUGGGUGCGGGAUUGCUGAAUGUUCGAGUGGCACAUGGUUCCAAUUAGUUAUCGCGGCAGCUUUUUAACAAAAUAAAGUUAAUUUGCAAUCCAGGCUCGCGGAGAAGAGCGGCAAGAAGAUUGUUUUGCUUAUACUUUUUAAUUAAGUGGCGCGCACAGAUAACCACAUGUUUGUUGAGUGAUCACCAUGAAUGACUUGUAGCGAGGGGCACUUCAUCAUCUCAAAGCGCAGGAAAACCACGUUGUUAUAAUUGUCUAAAUAUUUACACGCAAAACGAGAGAGAUAAACGACACUGCGCUGGAAGCUGGAAUGCGUCAAGUGUCAUCUGGAGUUUCACAAAAAAGAAUCGUGAAGUGCUAAAAUUUAUUAGUGUUUAGUGUUGCGGCAACUACCACGAGGGGGUCGACACUUUUCGCGAGUUAUUUUAAUUAGAAAACACACAGCCACGUCAAGUGGCAUUUCGAGCGAGUUGCAAUUUGCACAACCAAGAAAAAACCUCGACGAGUAGCGGAAAUUUGAGAAGCUUCAAGUGCAGAAAAGAAAAGCAACAAAAAAAAAAGUGUAACUCGAUCGAGCUACCCGACAUUCCUCUCCGGAUCGCGCUGCUGUAGGGGAACGAGGGGUCCACCCGUUUGUCAUUGUCAGAAGUUGCCGCCGCCGCCGUCACGCGGAAGGAAUUUCACCGCGGCAACCAUCUCGGACCCAAGAUAGUUGCCAACAGUAGCCAGGUAUCCAUGAUGACGAUGGACGUCACCACGGCGGAACACCCGACGGGUGGUCCAGCGCUGAACGGGGGCAGUGUUGCCAGCGCGCCACAGCAGCAAACUGUCAACGGGCACCAGCAACAACAACAGGGUGGUCCCGUUCAGAACGGAAUGUCACAACAACAACAGCAGCCGCAGCAGCUGUGCGCCGGCUGCAAGAAACACAUCCAGGACCGGUUCCUGCUGCGGGCGCUGGACCUGCUCUGGCACGAGGACUGCCUCAAGUGCGGCUGCUGCGACUGCCGGCUCGGCGAAGUUGGGUCCACCCUGUACACCAAGGGCAACCUGAUGCUGUGCAAGCGCGACUACCUGAGUUUGAAAAAUUCCAGACUCUUUGGCAACACGGGCUUCUGCGCCGCCUGCAACAAGGUGAUACCGGCGUUCGAGAUGGUGAUGCGGGCCCGGAACAACGUGUACCACUUGGAGUGCUUCGCCUGUCAGCAGUGCAACCACCGGUUCUGCGUCGGAGACAAGUUCUACCUGUGCGAGAACAAAAUCCUCUGCGAGUACGACUACGAGGAGCGGCUGGUGUUUGCCUCGAUGGCCAACCAUCCGAUGUUGAAACGUCAAAUCGGGCAGGGUGGCCAGCAGCAGCAACAAAACUCUGCAGGGGGAGGAGGCGCCGCCGGUGGUCACCAUCCGGUGCAGAACGGAAUUGGUGGACCACAGCCGGGACUCAUGUCACAGUUGCAGCAGCAACAGCAACGGGCAACCGCCGGAGGUGAUCACAACAACAACAACAACAGUAACCUUCCGGUGGGGCUUGGCGGACCGGGCGGACCGUUCGGGACGCCGACCCACAUGAAGGCCGCACUCAGUACUGCUAGUUAAAUUGUAAGGAGAACAAUAACAAUAAACUUUGUUGGACUGUCUGAGGGCGGGUGGGGACGGGAAGGGGCUGCGUUUUGACGUUUGGUGACAGGUGACAGAUUGACAGUGUUUCUUUUUUGGUUCUACUUCUGUUAUGUUGAAAUAUCACUUGUUUUCACAUAAUUUCCGUCAGACAUGAUCAAAAACACAAUUCGAAACUGCGUCUGUCAAAAUGAUAAAACUUUCGAUCAAAGCAGCUGUCAAAUUACACGCUAAUCGAAAGAGCACGACAGUUUAUUAGUGUUGAGUUGUUUCAGAUUCACAUUUCGUUCUUUUUAUCUGUCAUCAAACUGAAUUGAUUCGAUCUGUCAAAAUCUCGUUACACGCUGACACAGAACUGGUCACUUUUUUGAGUUUUCAGUCUGGCGACGUAUCAAAAAUUGAACAAAACUGCCACAAAACGUCACAAUUCCGCUUGUUUUCAGCUGUCAAACCCCUUCAAAAUUACCGAGAAAAAAAAAUAAACAACGAUGUGCAAUAUGUUUAGGUCUAUUGAAUCAUUUCCCCGCGCCCCGUCAAUUUUGAGUCUCGAAGCAAAAAUGUGCCAAACUGGAAAAAAUAAUCGCUUCGAAUCCGACUGCGGUGCAGCCCUCGGAUCGUUUCUGGAUCCGAAAACGAUAGGUUAUUGUUCGUUUUCGUUCAUUUUAACUCGCGUGUUACUUUUUUCAGUGUAUUAUUUAGAAUUUCACUUGUUAAAUUUUCAUAAUUCAGAAACGAUCAAUAAAGGGGAGAAAUGACCGCGAAAGGAACGAAAAAAACGCAGAUUUUGUACUAGCAAACUACUGUCUAAGGUCGACUUGAUUAGUUCUUAACUACACUCGUGUAAAUUUUCACUUGUAAAUACUAGGCGAUAUCGAAUAAUUUGUUGAGUAUGCUAAUUUUUCACCUCCAACGACGAAAUUUGUAGGUUAAACACAAAUAUAAAGUAUUAUAUAGUUGUCCUUGUUUUUUUUCGAAAGUUUUCUACUCUUCUUUUUUCGAAACCCCCGUUUUGCUACACUGAAAUAAAUAAACUGUGUAAAUGCAAGUGACACCUCUCAUAAAAUAAAGGAACGUUGACGUUCUCUGUCAUAGUAAUGUAAACAAAAAGUAAAUGUUUUGGCAUGUGUAAUAAAACUACAAAUUGAUACUCACUACAACCGAUAAUCACAAACAGACAAAACUGGAGGUAAACCAAAGAAAACUGUGUACUAAUCAAUAUUGGAGGAGGAGAAAUCUGAAACUUAAGUGGUAAUUAGAAAAAUUAUUGAAAUAAAUGAAGAAAUUAUUAAUCCAAAAAA